AUGUCCUCAAUUGGCCCUCAACUCCCACCACACCUCGCGAAGCGCAAGCGCGAUGACGAGGACAGCCCAGACUCACCGCCGUCCAAGACGGCGCGACCAGACCAGGACGGCGGCAACAGCGACUCAGAUGAUGAUUAUGGGCCGAGCGCAGCACCAGCACCAAAAUCAGUAGCACCAGCAGCAGCGCCAGCAGCAGCGCCAGCAGCAGUCAUAGGGCCAACCAUGCCGACGGCAGUGGCAACGCCGCCAGAAACCAGGCCCUCGAGGCCGCCACCGAUAGCGAUAGGCCCAACGAUGCCUCCUGUCGCGAACACGGACGAGAUCGGCCUCGACAGCGAUUCCGACGGUGACGACACAGGCCCAGUACCAGCGCCGUCUAGGCCCUCACCGCCAACAGCGUCCAAGCGUGUCCUCGGCCCGGCCCCGCCACCAGCUGCCCUGUCCGAGCGCCCUACCGACAACGCAUCCCCUUCUCCCGCCUCUGACAGCGACGAUGACGAUGACGACGACGACGACGACUACGGCCCCUCCCUCCCCUCCGCCGCCGCUCGCCAAGGUCCCCACAACACCACCGUCGGCCCCUCCUCCCCCUUCCCAGCCGCCGCCGACACCGCCCCGAAACGCGACGACUGGAUGCUCGCCCCACCCACCUCGUCCGGCUACCGCGAAGCUGACCCGACCAAGAUCCGGUCCCGCAAGUUUGCCUCGGGCGCAAGCGCGACCUCGCGCCCAAAGGAAGGCGGCGGAGCCAUCAGCAGCAUCUGGACCGAGACGCCCGAGGAGAAGGCGCGGCGGCUGGCGGAUGCCGUGCUGGGACGCGGUGCGGAUGCCGCUGAACAACCUGCUGGCAGGGGUCGCGGUGCUGCUGCUGCUGCUGCAGCUGCUGCAGUGAGUCACGCGAGCGGACUAGGGCGGGACGAAAAGAUCCGGGCGUUUACGGAGCAGACGAGGGGGAAGAGUCUGUACGAGGAGCACCAGGCGGCGCGGAAGGCCGGCAGGGCGGGUGAGAGCGCCGCUGGCGGUGCCAAGAAGGGAGGACGAGAGGAGGAGGAGGACGAUGAUCCCAGCAAGAGGGCCUUUGAUCGAGAAAAGGACAUGGGGUUAGGGAUGAAGAUCACGGCGUCUCAGCGGAAACAGCUGCUGAACAGGGCGUCGGAUUUUGGUGGGAGGUUCUCCAAGGGGAAUUUUCUAUGA